CCUCACACCCUGAAACAGAUCUUCUUCAGAGACAGACGUUUGCAGCCUCUCAUCAGCUUUCUGGAUAUGCUACCACACCUCAGCCAACUGGUCUUUCUGGAAUAUUUGAUACUAGUGUGAACAGUGCCAGCACUAAUACUAAAGAAUCUUCAGUGAUGAAUUUUCUCACUGCUGUUGAAACCCGAACUGCUCAGGCUGCUUCUUCAGGAACUACUCUUUUACCACAAUUCAGGGCUCCAUCCUGGCAGACAGGUAUGCAUUCCUCAGCAGCAACCGAGCUGUUUGUUACUGGACCCCUGCCAACCACUGGAACACUUCCACCUUCUGCCCUUUCUACUUAUCAGCAUCCCACCACCUUCAGCAAUAGGAACUUUGCUACCACCUCACCUUUGGUGCUUCAGGAUUCAACCUUUAACACUACAUCAAAUGGAAUUUUAAGUCCUCAUGACCCUUUGCUUCAAAUCAAGACUUCCCAGGGAACUGUUCCAACCCCUUUGGCAUUUGAACGCCUGGGCAGUUCUGCAUUAAGUAACAGCAUACCACCCCAGUCUUCAACAUAUCGCUCAGCUCAAGAGUCUGCACCCCAUCUUUUACAACCCCAAUUUAGUUUGUUGCCUUCAGCACUUGGGGGAGCCCAGCAAACUCCUCAAGCUUACAAUUCAGCUCUCUUUACUAGUUCUACUGCUUCCAUUGAAAGAGCUCUUCUUCGAGAAUGUAGUGUUAUUAAACACCAUCAGCGGCCUUCAGGUACCCAGUCUAUUCAGGCACAACUGACUGGCUCACAACAUUCCUUACAUAGUUUUCUAUCAAAUACAAGUGUAGCCAAUUUUCAGGAAACAACCAGGCAGUCACCUUUAUCCUGCAGUCCUAUUGGAGAUUCUACUCAGGUGAGCAAUGGAGGAUUGCAACAGAAGACCUCCCAGGUCUCAGUGGAACUUGCUCAGUCUUACUCAUCUGUAAUUCCAUCAUCAGGGUAUCCUUCUACUACAGAAGUAAAAAGCUGUUCUUCAAAACAACCACUAACAUCAACUGAGACUCCCAAACCUCAAAAUAUUAUUCCUCCUGUACAAACACUAAGCUAUUCCAAACCUUUACAUAACCAGAGUUCUGUAGUAUCAGGCCAAGCACAAAUUUAUUCUACAGCGCAGCUACCAAGCCUUUUAUCAGUUAGUCAGUCUCAAAAUUAUGGCUUAGUUCAGCCACAUAAUGUUCCAUCUAUUGUUCAUUCACAGGUUUAUAGGUCCAGCAAAGUUGAAAAAUUGCCAUCCUUAUAUAAAACAUUGACUUUUUCUGGGUCAUCUCAGACUAUGACUUCUGAAAAUCAGACACUUAAUUAUUCAUCUAAUCAGCAAGAGGUAUUAUCUUCAGUUACAAAUGAGAAUUACCCUGCUCAAACAAGAGAUCUGUCUUCAGUUAGCCAGUCGCAAAGUUAUUCAUCUGGUCACUCUCAGGGUUUAUCACCAGUUAGCCAGACACAGGUUAGUUAUUCAUCUCAAUCACAAGUUUUAUCAGCUGUUAGUCCUUCAGAAUAUGCUUCAGGGCAGUCCCUCACGUUAACACCCCCUUCUCUCUCUUAUUCUUCUGCCUCUCGGGCCCAGAAUUUGCCAGAUUCUAGCCCAACUCAAAAUUAUAUUUCUAUGCAUUCUUCCCAGAAUGUUCAAAAUCAAGGGUCAUCAUCUCCCCAGUCCCAAAAAUUUUUGCCUGCUGUCCAGCCAUCAUCUUUUGCAUCUUCUACUCAUUGUCAGACAUUACAGAAUAACAUACCUUCUCCUGAUCCAAAGACCUAUGCUGAAAGAAAACUUGACUCAACUGUGUAUACAUCUUCAAAGCAAGAAGAUAAUUUUCCAAUGCAAGAGUUACAGGUCUUACAGCCACAAGUAUCUCUUGAGUCAUCAACCCAAAGGCUAUCUGAUGGGGAAAUUAAUGCUCAAGAACCAACUUACAAAGUAUCAAAGGCAGAUGACAGAUAUUCUCAGAGUGUAAUUAGAAGUAAUUCCCGUCUUGAAGAUGAAGUUGUUGGGAUUGCUUUACAAGUAUCAAAAAAAGAAGAAACCAUGGUUGGUUCAGUGACACAAAUGAACCAACAAAUUGGUCAAGUCAAUAAUGCAGCUACCCUUGAAAUUAAGAAGACAACUAACUUAAUGCAAACUCCACAAAUAAGAUUGAAUUCUAAAGACCCAAACCAGCAGCAUUCUCUUCAUAAGGUACAUGAAGCCAAGGUCCAAGAACAGCACGAUCAAAUUAUUAAUGCCUCAUCUCAGAUUCAAAUUCCAAGUCAUGCUUUAGGGCAUGGCCGUCAGGCAUCUCUUCCUAAUACACAGGUCCUUUUAGAUUCUACCUGUGAUUUACAAAUUCUUCAGCAAUCGAUACUGCAAGCAGGUUUAGGACAAGUAAAGGCACCUUUACAGCGUGUUCAAAGUCCACAACAAAUAGUGCAUCCAUUCCUUCAAAUUGAUGGUCAUGUUAUUCAGAGCAAUGGUGAUCAUUCUCAGCAACAACUUCAUCCUCAAAAUUCUGAAAUUAUGAAAAUGGACCUCUCUGAGUCUUCAAAACCAUUACAGCAGCAUCUGACAACAAAAGGCCAUUUUAGUGAAACAAGUCAACAUGAGUCAAAGAAUCAGUUUGUUUCUCUUGGUUCAAUAUGCUUCCCAGAGGCAAUGCUUCUCAGCGAUGAAAGAAAUAUUUUAUCAAAUGUGGAUGAUAUUUUAGCAGCUACAGCAGCAGCUUGUGGGGUUACACCUUCUGAUUUUUCCAAGUCAACUUCAGAUGAAACCAUUCCAGCUGUUGAAGAAAGUGAUUCUAAAUCUCAUUUUCAGCAGCCAUUAGAUGCUGUGCAUGUGACUCCAGAUUUUAACUCUAUAACAACUACAGUGGGAAAACCACAGAAUAUAAGUGAUAUUUCCUUAAAUGGAAAUCAGGUUACUGUAAACCUUCCACCAGUACCUAGCCUUCCAUCAAAAAUAUCUCUGGAUCAACACCACAUCGACACACCUGGUCAAAAUAAAGCAUCUAAAAUAACUUCACCAGUGGUUGGACCAAGUCAUGAAGUCCAAGAGCAAAGUGCUGGUCCAUUCAAGAAGCAGUCUGCUACCAAUCAUGAAUCUGAAGAAGAUAACGAAGUUCCUGUUGAUAAUACGUUAAACAAUAGCAGGAGUCAAGAGAUUGUUUCUAGUAGUAGAAGUAUAAGUGGAGAGAGUGCCACAUCAGAGAGUGAAUUCACUUUAGGGGGUGAUGACAAUGGUGUGUCUAUGAACCCAACGAGGAGUACUCUUGCACUGUUGAACAUGGCCCAACCUGGGGAUGCAAUCAGUGUCAAGAUUGAAGAAGAAAACCAAGAUUUAAUUCAUUUUAGCCUUCAGAAGAAAAAAACUAAAGGAAAAGGGCAAACUAAAGGGGAAGAGAACAGUAAUCAGAAACAGCUGAAAAGACCUACACAUAGCAAACGUCAGAAUCCAAGGGGAACAGAUACAUACUUGCCAUAUGCUCCUCCUCCCUCAGAAAGCUGUCAUGAUGGUUAUCAGCAUCAAGAAAAAAUGAGACAGAAGAUCAAAGAAGUAGAGGAAAAACAGCCAGAAGUUAAAACAGGAUUUAUUGCCUCUUUCUUAGAUUUUCUGAAAUCUGGACCCAAGCAGCAGUUUUCUACCCUUGCUGUGCGAAUGCCUAAUAGGACUAGACGACCAGGGGCCCAGAUUGUUCGUACAUUUUGUCCCCCACCACUUCCAAAGACUUCAUCUACAACACCCAUACCUUUAGUAUCUGAAACAGGGAUUAACAGUCCAUUGGAAAAAGUUGAUAAUGAUCUUAAAAACUUGGAACAUUUAUCAUCAUUUUCUUCGGAUGAAGAUGACUCUGGAAUAUGCAGUCAUGAUAUUUAUAAAAGCGCCUCUACUACCUUAACUACUUUGGAUGCUACUUCUGAUAAAAAGAAAAAAACAGUAAAUAUCCUGGAAAAUGUAAACUCUACAGAACAUCCAAAAACUAUUGACCUUGAUGGUCUUCCUUCAGACCAGCUGGCAAAAGGUCAAGAUGCUGUUGCCAUCGAAGGUUUUACAGAUGAAGAGAACAUAGAAAGUGGAGGAGAAGGUCAAUACAGAGAACGUGAUGAAUUUGUUGUAAAGAUCGAAGACAUAGAGACUUUUAAGGAAGCUUUAAAAACAGGGAAAGAACCUCCAGCUAUUUGGAAAGUACAAAAAGCUUUAUUACAGAAGUUUGUUCCUGAAAUUCGAGAUGGGCAAAGAGAAUUUGCUGCUACAAAUAGUUACCUUGGCUACUUUGGAGAUGCUAAAAGUAAAUACAAAAGGAUAUAUGUGAAGUUCAUUGAAAACACAAACAAAAAGGAAUAUGUUAGAGUGUGUUCUAAAAAGCCAAGAAAUAAGUCUUCACAAACUGUCAGAACUGUUCAGUCUAAGCCAAGUAAUAGUGGUAAAACUUCUGAUCCUCAAACACCAAAAACUACAACUACAAAAGCCCCUUCCACGAAACCCAAAGUUAAACAGUUAAAAGUAAAGGCUGAGCCACCACCAAAGAAACGGAAGAAAUGGAAAGAAGAAUUUUCAUCAUCCCAGUCUGAGUCAUCUCCUGAGAUCCAUUCUAGUAGUACUGAUGACGAGGGUCUUGACCCUCCAGUUCCCUUUGUCACUCGUUUUUUGAACACAAGAGCAAUGAAGGAAACCUUUAAGAGCUACAUGGAAUUGCUUGUUAGCAUUGCUUUGGAUCCUGACACAAUGCAAGCCUUGGAGAAGAGCAAUGAUGAGCUACUUUUGCCUCAUAUGAAAAAAAUAGAUAGCAUGUUGAAUGAUAACCGAAAGAGACUUCUUUUGAAUCUUCAUUUGGAUCAGUCAUUCAAGAAUGCCUUGGAAAGCUUUCCUGAACUGACAAUAAUUACUCGAGACUCUAAAGCAAAGAACGGGGGAUCUGCUAUUUCUAAAAUCAAAAUGAAUGGCAAAGCUUAUAAUAAGAAAACUCUAAGGACUUCUAAAACCACUAAAUCUGCACAAGAGUUUGCUGUUGAUCCAGAGAAAAUACAGUUGUAUUCUUUGUAUCAUUCACUCCAUCAUUAUAAAUAUCAUGUUUAUCUGAUAUGUAAAGAUGAGAUUUCUUCUGUGCAGAAAAAAAAUGAAGAUUUAGGACAGGAAGAAAUUGUUCAACUUUGCAUGAAAAAUGUAAAAUGGGUGGAAGACCUAUUUGAAAAAUUUGGAGAACUUCUAAAUCAUGUACAGCAGAGAUGUUCCUAACAUUUCCACAAAAAUCCCAUUUAUUUCAUAGCACUAAUGAAAUGGCGGAGAGGGGUUGUCAAAGAGGGUCUGGGACCUCAUACAAUAUCAGGCAGUGGUCUCCUGCAGGCCUGAUCGUGGAACUUGCAUCAUGACCUCUGUUAAAGGACAGUGGUGCUACCCAGGGAGUCAGUCCUUUGGAAAUGGACCGACAUCCACCACACUUUUAUCUGACUGAUUUUUCUAUUUUGUGAACCAUUGGAUAACUGAGUUUUAUUUUCAGAAAUAAAAUUAUAAAGCAUGCACUAAAUAUAAUUUUUCUUUAUUGCUAGAGAGAUAACACUUAAGUUAACUUGAUGAUUUUUUCCCCUGAGUACCAGAAUAAAAGAAAAGUGGCAGAAAGCAUAUGUAUGCAUUCAUGUCUGGCCACAAAACAAAGUAUUGUAUAUUAUGUAAACAUAUCUAAUGUAAUGUGACAUUGUGUAUGAGGAUAUCAUCAAUUUAAAAUAUAAAACUCAGAAACUUCAUUCUGCUUUAUGAACUCCUCUUACUCUUAACAUGUUCAGGAAACUGGAUGUGGAAUUGGUGCAAUUCUAUAACUGCUUUUGUGUCAAAUUAUAUUGUGAUAAAAAAAACAACAACAACAUACUGUUUUCCCUAUCAUAAAGAAAAGUAUUUUC